GCAGCGUUUUCAUUCGGCCAUCAUUGAUUGCCACCUGCUAAUAAGAAUUCAUAUAUGUACAUACAUACAUGCGUGUGCUUUAUCGUCGUUUGUUAACCGCUUAUAAGAACUUUGAUUGUCAAGUAGUCUGUUCUUUUUAGAUGUACUACUGAAUUAGUGCAAUAAAUUAGAGUGAAAUAUACUUUUUCUCACUCUAACUUAUUGCACUAGUGCAGCAGUGCAGCUAAAAAGAACAGAGCAAAGAAGAGAAGAUAUAAAGUAUUCGCGGAAAGAGAAAUUAUCAAUGUUACUGCGUUUUCCAAACUAUCUUUAUCAAUAACUACUCAUUAAUAAAAGGAACGAUAUAUAUUUGACGUGAGAGAGAUGACGAACGAAACUUCAGCAAAUAUUCUGACAUUAAAUUGCUGGGGCAUACCAUAUGUUUCGAAAAACAGAGCAGCACGUAUAUCUGCUAUUGCAGAAAAAUGUGCUAGCAGAGAAUAUGACAUAGUUUGCUUACAAGAGGUAUGGUCUGACAACGAUUUUAAGACAAUAAAAACACAAGUACAGGAAGUAUUGCCAUAUUCACAUUACUUUUACAGUGGUGUUUUUGGAUCAGGAGUAUGUGUAUUGUCACGAUAUCCUAUCCAUGAAGUUAUGUUCCACAAAUGGCCUUUGAAUGGAUAUGUUCACAAGAUACACCAUGGUGACUGGUUUGGUGGUAAAGGUGUUGGUCUUUGUAAGAUCAAAAUUCGCAAUAUGAAUGUCAACGUAUAUAACGUACAUCUGCAUGCGGAAUAUAACAGGGAGAAUGACGAAUAUAUGGCUCAUAGAGUGCUGCAGGCGUUCGACACUGCCCAAUUCGUAAAAAUGACCAGCGGCUGCGCGGAUGCUGUAAUAUUAGCCGGUGAUCUUAAUACCGAGCCGCAGGACUUAGCGUACAGAAUUAUACAUGGUAUUGCCGGCUUAACGGACGCGUGCCCGAAUAGCGCAAGUCAUAUUGGGACCAACGAGUGUGCCAAUAACAGUUACACUGAUUCGAAGCUCGCUCGUGCAAGACCGGACGGAAAGCGUAUAGAUUAUAUUUUGUAUUUAAAUUCAAACGCUAUCAAGGCUGAAAUCACAAAUUAUAAGUUGCCUUUACCAAAUCGUGUGCCGUGUAAAAACUUCAGUUAUUCGGACCAUGAGGCUGUUACGGCUACGCUCAAAUUCACCAGCGGUGAUCACAGUGCGAAAGAUUUCGAUGUAACAGACUCCCUGAAAGAAGCAGUGGAAAUCUGCGAUACCGCAUUGAGAAGCGUGCAACGCCGACGUUUUUGGUAUCUGUUGUUCAGUUGUAUAUUGUUCAUACCGUUAAUUUGGUCCAUCGGGCUAAAUGCCAUAAACAUAUCCUUAGGUGUAAGUAUCGGUUUGGAUAUACUGCGUAUUUUUGUAACUGUGAUAUGGUGCUACACACUAUUUAUGAGUUCGAUAUGGAAUAGCGCGGAGCAAAACGCUUUGAAAGCGGGAUGUUUAGCUAUAAAGAUCUAUUUGACGAAAUCGAGUGGCGAUAGAAACUAAAUGCCAAAUUUACGCAACAACGUAGAUGUUUCUGAAGCAAAAAUUAAAACAUGCUGACAUUUAAACUUGAUCGGACUCAGACAAUAACCCUGUUAUAAAAAAAAAAGUUAUUUGCUUAUUCUUGUUUGACACAUAUUUUCUGAUAUACUUCUUUUGAUGUAUUCUAAACAAACAUACAUAAAGAAAGUUCUAUUUGAAUUUCGAAGAGAUAAUGUUCUUUUAGUUUUGCACUUAAGUUUUAUACAACAUACACGUUUGAUUAAAUGGAUAAAAUUCAUAAUUACAAGAAAGUAAAUUUUGCGUUAGGAAAGAAGUGGAUAUUAAGACUUAAAUUAUAAGUCAUGUCAACAGUACCAAAUGUCUGUUUCAAGUCGCUCAUUAUUAACGAAGGUAUUAUGACGUUCUUGACAUGAAUUUAGACAGUAAGACAAUAUUACCGAUCGACCAAUUCACAGGAACUGCGCAUAUCAUUUCGCACCUGUCCACGAUAUACAUAUAUUUGCAUAUAUGUGUGUGGGUGUGGGUGUGUGUGGGUACAUAUAUAUAUAUUGCGAUAUAUGUAUAUGUACGAGAUAUAUAUAUAUGUAUACAAACAUAUUGCGGUAAAGAUAUCUAUUUAUGUAUUCAUAUAUGCUUAAUAUAUAAUAUCAAGGAUAUUGAAAUUUUGUCCAACUUUUAAAUCCAGUUUUUCACACUAUAUUGCAUAUACCAUUUUAUAUGAAUAACGCUUUGUAUUUCGAUAUCGAAAUUAAUAAAAUACAAUAUUGAAUAAGCAUUUGCUGUAUAUCUUCUGGUAGGCUUGCAUAAAACUCCCUAUUAUACAUACUUGAUAUUCUUUAAUAACUCUGUAUAUUCUAUAUUUUAUCAUAUUAUAAUACAAUCGUAUAAACGAAA